ACUGCAACUGCACGACCUACUACGACAACCAGUGCAGCUCUUACAACAACAACUACAACUUCAGCUCCUACGACAACCACAACAACAGCACCUCCAACAACUGUAGCUCCCACGAUAACUGCAGCUCCUACAACAGCUUUAGGAUCUACGACAACUACUGCAGCCCUAACACCAACAACUGCUGCUCCUACGACCACUACAGCUCCAGAACCUAUUACGACAACCACUGCAGCUCCUGCUACAACAACUACAAAUUCAGCUCCUACGACAACCACAACAACAGCACCUCCAACAACUGUAGCUCCCACGACAACUGCAGCUCCUACAACAGCUUUAGCAUCUACGACAACCACUGCAGCCCUAGCUACAACAACUGCUGCUCCUACGACCACUGCAACUCCACAACCUACUACGACAACCAGUGCAGCUCCUACUACAACAACUACAACAACUACAACUUCAGCUCCUACGACAACCACAACAACAGCACCUCCAACAACUGCUGCUCCUACGACCACUGUGACUCCACCACCUGCUACGACAACCAGUGCAGCUCCUACUACAACAACUGCUGUUCUAACGACCACACUCCAGAACCUAUUACGACAACCACUGCAGCUCCUGCAACAACAACUACGACUUCAGCUCCUACGACAACCAGUGCAGCUCCUACCACAACAACUGCUGUUCUAA